CCAGCAUGAUAACCCAUAAUGUUAACAGGAAAUGACACUGGGUUGGUAUGAGUGUCUUCAUUGAGCCUAAUGUCACUUCACCACCUCUCUUGCUGCACAGUGCACACUUCUCUGUUUGACACAGCAAUGCCUAAACAUGACAUGUCUGAUCAUAUUUAUGACAACACUAGAUGGAUGAAAAAUAAUUCACGUGGAAAUAGGAAAUCUAACAAAGAGAAGAAAUGUAGACCUAUCUUUGCCAUUAUUGCUGCUUUCCUCCUCCUGUCUCUGCUUGUAAAUUGGGGGCUGGCAUAUUUGUAUUUCAAUAAAGACAAAAAUAUGUUGUUGCAUUGUGAGCCAGUAACAAACUGCUCAAUUUCAGAAAAUGAAGGUAGUCCAGGGUGCACGUAUGAGGAAUGGAGCUCUUUUGAUUACUGCCCAGAUUUGCCAGAGCAGUGGUUAAAAGGCAACGGCAGCUUCUAUGUUUUCUCCAACCACAACAAGACCUGGAGCUCCAGCAGAAAGCACUGCCAGGAUCUGGGUGGUGAUCUGGUCUUUAUUAACAACACAGAGGAGAAGGAAUUUCUUGCUCGGAGACUAUGUGUAACUGGUGAAUCUGAUCUCUACUGGGCUGGGAUCAGUGAUGGGAACUGGGCAGAUCUGAAUUCCAAACAACACAACUGUGCUGUACUCAAAGGGAAUACACAAGAAGACAUUUCUUGCUUGAGAGAAGAGAGGAGCAUUUGUGAGAUCCCAUGCCUUCAGUAGACCUAGGGGUUUCCUUUUUUGUAUGGUUGAUUAUUCGUUCUUUUUUUUUUUUUUUACUGUCCUCAUAUAUGUAUGAGUUUAUUCGUCUUAUUCGAUAUUCGUUUUUGUAUACUUGUUUUCAGAUUUCCAUAGUUUUCCAUAUGGAAUGAUAUAUGAAUAUAUACUUUAAUGUCAUACUUUUCACUUUUUUUUUCUUUCUGUACAAUGUUUGUGUACACAAUUUAUUAAGUCUAGUGAGUAAUUACAGAUUCCUCUUUAUUGUCAUUUUUUAAUUAUAAUUAACCAUGUGCAAAGCCUAUCUGAUGGUAAAUUCCUUCAAUAAUCUGUCUAUUUUGAAUAACUGUAUGUUAUAGACAUCCUUCUUAUGGUCUAUCUUCCACUUCCAUAGCAAUAAUAGUAUUUAAAAUGUUAUUUUCUAGCUAUGCUUUAUUACAUAUGCAGGCUAAUCUCUCUUUUUAAAUCUCAUCCUCUGUUGUUAACAGUAAACUUUUCUACAUAUUAAUACGUUUGUUGUAUAAUUAACUAGGUCCAUCAUUUUUUAUAUUUUUAUCUCAAGGGGUUUAAAUAGUUUUUACUAUUAACAAUAAAUCAUCAAAUUAUUUUUCUGUAGUCAGUACCAACUAUAAAAAGCAACAAUUUUACAAAAUAAUGGCAAAUUAAAAGACGUGUGAGGUAUCAUAUGGUUGAAAACAAACACCACUAAUAAGCAGCUGACUGGA